AUUCUGAGAAUUUUACGGGGUGAAGCAGGCACAGAAAGUGGUGUCUGUUUCAACGGUAACAUCAAUGGCAGUGACGAGCUGUCGUCCAGAAUGACACACAUGUCACUUGACAAGCAGUCGCCCACCUCACAGACAUAUUCCAUCAAUGACAGCCUGUCAGACGGGGUCCAACAUGUAGCAGAACCUGCAGACUUGAGCUGUGUGUCCAGCAAGACUCGUAUAGAACUUUCUCGACUCUUAGACCCGGCUUUGCCUGGCAAGGAUGUUUUAGCUUUGGCAGAGAAACUUGGCUACUCAGACCUUGCUGGCACACUAGAUACUAUAAGAUCUGGAGACACCAGCCCAACUACAUUCCUGCUUGAAUACUUUGAGACAGAUGAAGGCAGCAUAUCAAAGUUACGGGAUGCCCUGUUAGCAAUAGGCAGGAGAGAUUUAGCAGCGAUGAUAUCCCCGUGA